CAUACCCUAACUACUCAAGUUCCUGGAACUGCAUUUGAGCCCAAGCUACUACUCCUAGCUUUGGAGGUGAGGUUAGAGUAUGGCGCCAGCUCGGGCUCUAUCUUCGUCUGCUCGAGCGCCCUCCAGCUCCAGCAAAGGCAAGACCAAGGUGAGCGCUACCGCCUCCUCUUCUAAGCGGUCAGCCUCCUCUUCCACCUCCUCUUCCGCGGCCGCCAGAGGAGGUGCAUUGCAAUUUAGCGCCUCGCCUCCUAGCAGGUCUGGCGUCCAGUCUAAGCUCUCCUUCACACCUGCCCCUCCGGAGCCCGCAAAGAAGAAAGUCCGGAUAGAAGAGCCAAAGGUGGACUGGAAGGGCAAGGGGCGAGAAGUGGUUCACAGUGGAGGAGGGGUAGAGAAUAAUGACCUCUGGAGCGUGGCCUAUGCGCCAUCGUCAAGGUCUGAUCUUGCUGUACACCCAAGGAAAGUCAAAGAUGUCGAGGCAUGGCUUCGUGAUGCAUUCGAUGGUUCUGUCUCUCUCAAGAAGCUGCGGCGCCUCCUGGUCCUUACCGGGCCCGCUGGAGCUGCCAAGACGGAGACCAUUCGGCAGCUCUCCUCUGCAUCUGAGCUCGACUUUGAAGUGGUGGAAUGGAAGAACGACACCAUGGCCAGAUCGGGCGAGAUGCUGGCCGAAGACCAAGAGUUCGCAAGCGUAACAAAUCGCUUUCGGGAUUUCUUCUCGAGAUCUACAAAGUUCCGGACACUAUCUAUGAGAGGAGAAAAUCAGGCAUAUCAACCUCAAGCAUCAAGUAGUAGUACAAGUCUCAGCUUUUCGGGCACUUCUGCAUCGCCAUCGAAGCGCUCGCGCCGACUUAUCCUUCUCGAAGACCUACCCAAUCUGUCGCACCCUGCAACCCUCCAGUUCUUCCAGGAGAUGAUCGCGACGCAGCUGUCUGCACCUCUAGACGCUCGGGGAGAUCAGAUUCCCAUCUGCGUCAUCCUUUCCGACGUCAGUGGAACCUCGGGAGGUCUGCUGGAGGACGGAUCGACAGGCGAUGAUGGGAUGCGCAGAGAGACAGAUUGGAUGCGCCCGCGCCGUCUUCUCGGCGAAGAGCUCAACGGCAAUGAUUCAUGGCUGGAGAUCAAGUUUAAUCCGGUCGCCUCAACGCUGCUGAAAAAGGCGUUGAAAACGACGCUUGACAGGGCGACUGGAGCAGGCAACAAGAAGGAGGGAAAAGGAAAGACAGGACGCAAUACAUUCCCGCCCGACCUGAUAGGCAUAAUCGCCGAGGUGUCGAACGGUGACAUACGCUCUGCAGUCGAUACAUUGCAGCAAGUGUACGCCAAUUUCCAGAGUGACCCCAAGAGGUUCGAUGUUCUAAGCAAGACCAAGAGCAAAAGAGGGGAAGAAGAUGCUAGGAAUGCCGCUCGCGAGCUCCUCAGCUCCCUUGGCGUGGCUGGCAGAGACUCGUCUCUGGACCUCUUCCACGCAUUGGGCAAGAUACUCUGGAACAAGAGGGCCGGAGAUCCGAACGACGAUGAAGAUACACCGGAGAGCGAUAAUGCCAAUACGACCGCGAUAGACGCACUGCCAGAGCAUCUGAAUUACCUCGAGAGGAGAAGGAGCAAAGUUGAUGUAAUGGCGCUGGCAGGGUCAAGUGUCGACACGUCGAUGCUGCAGCUCUUCUCUCAUCACAACUACCCGGCUUUUUGCAGCGAGGUCGAGCAGUGUGAGGGUGUCAUGGAGGGCUUCAGCUUCACAGAUGCUGACAUGAAAGUCAGAGGUGGUGACGGGUACUCUACCCUCCCUCUCUCAGACCACUACUCCUUCCUGAUCAGCACACAUUCCACCCUCCUGCAUCUGCCCUCUCCAGUAGAACGUCGAGGUCAACGACCCACCAAGCCCGCCCUUUUCGAGAUCAACGCCCGCUCCAGGAUGCAUCGCGCGACGGUAGAAGAGAUGAAGCGCGCGAUGAAGUGGGAACUCAAGACCAAUCGAGAGGUAGUGGAGGAACUGCUGCCCAUGGUGAGCAAGAUGGGUUCCGCCCUUGGAAAGAAGGGAACGAUACGAGGGGUGGGGGUCGGAUCCGGAUCUGUAGGCGCCGGCGUGGCAGGCAAGGUGAGCGCAGAUCUCGCCUCGCUCGGCGCUUUUGACUUUAGCGUCUUUCAAGACGGGGGCUCUAUGCGAGGGACGGUAGGAGGGAGCACUUCGUGGAGCCGAAGACGCGACGACGAGGAGGACCUUGGCGCGCUCGAUCUCGAUGCUGAGAUGGACCAGUCGGUCGAGGGAGUCUCUGUGUCGCAGAUGACCGAGGUCGAGAGAGGAGAGGGCGACUCGGCAGAUGCAGGUGCGGUGGCUGGGGGACUGAGAGGAGAGCUGGCGGAGGAUGGAGGUGGAGAGGAAGAAGACGAGGAAGAGGAGGAGGAGAUUGAGGACUUCUGAAUGGAGUUUCCAAGUCCGUGUUCAGGUUCAUCGAUGCAAUUUGAAUAUGAUACAUCACUCGCAAUG